GUGCAAACAGACUUUCUUAUUCUUUCGGAAACUACGGACAUUCACAAUGUUUCAUCUUAAAAUUAAUUUGUUCUUAAUACAUUUAAUCAUCGUCAAAAAUUAUGCGCGGACAGUGCCGGAACCACUUUGUUCUAAGUUCUCAUAUGAUGAACAGUUGCUUGAGAAAAUGGUUCGUGUUGAAUUUAAUGUGAAUAACAUGGAGAAAAAUAUGUUAGAAACUGAGAUGAGCAUGCGGAAAACGGAGGAAACUAUGCAAGAAACGGACAGAAGCAUGCGUGAAACACAUGCAAAUAUGAUGGAUACGGAAAGGAAAAUACAAGAAGCACAGCAAAAGAUGGCUGAGACACACGCUGAUAUAAUGACUGCACAGAAAAAAAUGCAGGAGAACCUGGCCGACAUUAAUGAAAAUAUAAAGCUGCUUGAACAGAAGGACGAGAUGUUAGAAGCCAAAAGAGGUAAGGAUGUCGUAGCAUUUCGUGCACACAAAGUCGCAGAUAAAUCGGUGGCAGAUAAUCAGGUUUUUGUUUUCACCAAGGUUGUCUUGAAUGAAGGCAGCGGCUAUUCUAGUACAAGCGGUUAUUUUACAGCACCUGUAAGCGGCAUCUACUUCUUCAACAGUCAGUUAUGUGGAGUGGUAAAUAAGUAUAUACAGUAUGCAAUUGUUUCUCAAGGUGACACACGUACAAGUGGAUUAUUCAUGCCAUAUAAACAUGGAACUUGUACAUCAUUCAGUGGUGUUGUAAGCAUGCGUAUGGGGGAACGUGCAUGGGUGACAAUUAACGGUAACGGAUCACCUUCAUCAGAUUUGAUCUAUGAAGAUAGCAGGGAAUGGAACUACUUUUCUGGAUUCUUAAUACGUUAAUCCAGCAUAUAAUGUGAAUUCCUUUAUUUGUAAAUAUAGGUGAUGUUAUAUAUGUAUUUUAGUGAAACAUUUGUCAAUAAAUGUUCUCUUUAUUUCAUUAACAACGCAGACAGUGGACAGAGCAGAAAAAUAUUGCUUGCGAAAAAACAGUUCAUUUAUCGAGAUUGGCAACCAUUAAGGUUUCCAUUAUUCAUUAAGGUUUCCAUUAUUUAUCAUUUUCAUGUUGUCUUGAACUGACAGAUGGUUGAGAUGGAUAAAAAUGAUAGUGUUUGAAUGAUAUAUAUUCUUAAUUUUAGAUAACAUAGUAUAUUCAAAUACUAUGUAUAAAUGGGAUAUUGUGCUAUUAUAUAAUACGGACAAAGGUUAAUAAGUAAAUAAAUGCUGUUCAAUGUUAAAGCAUGUGAUAAUCGAGAGUUACUUAUUCAUUUAUUUGGCAAAUAGUUCAUAAAUAAGGUUUAAAGUAUUGUUUUUUUUGUUUUGUAUUUUGUAAUGGAUAAUACACAACAUGCACACAAACAUAGAUUUGUCCAAUCUAAAAUAAAAUCUAACUUAGUAUGCAAAAUGCAGUCACGAUUUGUAUGCUAAUACUAUGUUUCAAUAUCUAAUGUGAACUUAAUGACUGCUAGUAUGAAAAGAAAGAGUAAUUAUUAUUAUCUACAGAUUAAAAAUAAAUCAAUAAUUGUUUUGAAUUCAGAAAAGCAAUAUUCGAAAGCUAUGCUAAGCCUAUAUUUUGUGCGUAGUUGAUCAAAUUUUUCUAAAUAUUUUUUAAUUUGCGCACGCAGUAGAUAUAUUAGAUUAGGCAUUUUAAGACAUAUGAAUUAAAGUUUCCAUUUUUAAUUGAAAUAUCUUAAAGGGUAUAAAGCUAUAUGUAAUUGAAUCUUUUUAUAACAUCUAUACAAUGUAUAAUUAUAUUAUUUGCCUCAAUAAUCUUAUGGCGAUUAUCGAAAGAGCUAUAACAUAGAAUGCCUUGUACUUAUUGCACAUGCAUUUAAUCACAAACAGUAUAAAAUGUUCCGGAAAAUUAUUAUGCAGCUAUUCUUAGUAUGGUUUCAGCCGUUUAGCAAUGAUUUGGUGCAUGUGCUAUAAGCUCUUAACGUAGUAUAUUUCUAUCAAAGAGGUCUUUUAGAACUACAGGCAGCAGAUAUAUGGCUUAAUACAUUUUAAUGAGGAUGUCGCAAAGAUUUGCAACGUUUUGAAAUUAAAUGAUAUAAAAAUUGUAAAUGUACCAAUUGGUGAAUGUGUGAUUAAAGAAAUGAUUAGAA